ACCACGAGUGAAGUCAAACUCACUAUUUGGCGCUCCUUCUCUUACCGUAAUUCUUGACAGAGCCCACCGGGAUUUGCACCCGCAAUGCACACCUGCCUGCAGAUUUCAGAGAUUUUGAGAAUCAUUUUUGCAGAAGUGACACAGGUCAUAGGUGGCAGCGUACAACCAUCAUAUACCACUCUGUACCACCUGGCGUUGACGUGUCGAGCUUUCCGAGAGCCGGCGCUGGAUGCCCUAUGGGCGCAUAUACCAACGCCGGAUGUGUUUGUCAUGUGCUUGCCUCAGGAUGCUCGUUCUCAACCCAUACUAGAAUUGACCCUGGAGAAUUUCAACCAGUUCAAAUGCACGCCUUCCGGGAUUGCUGCAGCAUUCAGGGUGAGGCUUCUCAGACCCUUGACCACUGAUGAUUGGGCUACCUUUCAAAUGUAUGCGCGUCGCGUGUGCUCGCUCACUUUCGCAAAAUAUGAUGCCGAGUCCUACGCCAUGAUGAGAGAUCCCGGGCUACACGAUAGUGCUGCGCUUGCUCUCCUAGGUUCUUCUGCUUCGUUGCCCCUGCCGUUUCCUCUGCUCCGCGAGCUGUACUGGAAUGACCAGCGCGACGUGCUUCUGCCUUGCCUCCAGCGCUGCAUUUCCAGCUCUCUCACUCGACUGGUCAUUCAUUCGGAGCUUUGGCCAUCAGCAAUGGUCGAUCUCGUCGCAGGCCUGGGAAAGGCUUGUCCUAUGAUCAAAGAAUUUCGUUGCUCGCUGCCGCCCGCCAGUGCAUGUGCCAUGCUUUCUGAUAUCGUCACCUGCUGGGAUGAUUUGGAGAUCUUAGAGACGGGAGCAGUGAACACGCAGGCAUUGCAGCAUCUUGCGUCCCUGAAGAAGCUGAGAGAGCUGAAGAUGCUCGUGCCAGAAGGUCACAGCCUGGACGUGGAUCCGACAUCGACGUUCAGCGUCACGUUUUCGUUGGACGAGUUCAGUAUGACUUCUGCAAGGAUCGAGCCGCUUCUCGCUUUUUUGGCCCCUUUGAAAAUUUCUGCGAAAAGCGCAAACCUGCAAAUCGACACAGCUUCAAAUGCGGAUGAUCUCGACCAACUACUUUCCUCCCUUACUGAGUAUUUCCAACCCAAUGUUUUAAAAUCAUUGUGUGUUUGGGUGAAUCGCCCCACCAGUUUCGACAAUCACUCCCUUUCCGAACUGAGUGCUUCCGCCUUUCAAAAGAUUCGGGCCUUUACAGGGCUCACCAAGCUUAAUCUCAGUUCAAUCCAUGCCUCUAUCACCGACGAUGAAGUUCUAGACCUCGUUUCCACUUGGCCGAAAAUGGAACAUCUUUACCUUGACACGGCCUGGGAUUGGGGAGUGGCCCGCAUGAGGAUAACGUUUCAUGGGCUUGCUGGUAUCCUCGAGCGCUGUCCAAAUCUGCGUUCCCUAGGGGUCGACCUAGACACCUCGCCCCCCCACGACUCACCUGUCUACGUUGAUCACCAAUACACUGGCAUCGCCAGGGAUAAAGUCACUGAACUAAACGUUGGGUCUGCGGAAUGCAACGAUGUCGAGGCUAUUGGCAACCUGCUAGCUGGAAUGUGUCCCAACUUGAUUUCAAUCGGUCGCGCGUGUCCCGUAAAUCUCAAUUACGAAGAUCCUUCCGCAAAUAUCGAAUGGUUUGACGGGGAAGAAAAAUGGGAAGAGGUCAGUUCAUCGCUCAGAGGAGAAGUGAGCAGCUGGAGCAGAACAGUGUGUAGGAUUAUACACCAACAGUGUCUGAUGUAAAGAAUUGGUGCUGUUCACACAAACGUGUUGUUUUUUCUUGUACAAGGCGACUGCUAGUGAUUACUAUUCAGCAAGGUGUGCAACCAAACUUGUUGGACUUUGAUGCAAAUGUCACUCCUUCACAUAAACUGCGAGUUGUACAUUCUGUUCUAUUCUAUUAUGACCAAUGGGAUUCAACAUUCGUUGAAAUUGGGGGUGUCCACGUCGCGAGAUUCUUCGAGUAGCUCUCAGUGGGGACUGAGCCGGCUGCAAGGCGUUACUUGGAGCAUGACCACGGUCGCAUCCGGUCUUCCUACGAAUGUAUGAGCUGG